GGCUGGCAGAGAGUUAAGUGGAGUAGUCUGAGUGCCAUCAAGAUAAGGCAAACAUCAGAAGUCCUGAAGACAGUAGAUUGCUCAGUCUGAGUACUGAUGUAUAUACAUGAGUGUCUUGUGUCAGAUGAUAUCUCAGCGGAUCCUCACAGCGUCGGCUCACAUGCUCAUUCAUUCAUUCUUUAAACAGAAAGCACCAGCAGAAAAGUUGUAAAGUGAUUUCAUGAAUGAGGUAUCACGACAUCGCUUGGCACUCUCCAGCAUCAUUUUAUUUUUCGUCAGAUUUGGACGAUCUGAAGCUGAUCGCUGGAAAGCUGUGCGCGUGUUGGACGGAUCUUCUCCUCAGGCAGAAGAGUUGUUGUGAGAGAGUUUUGCAGAAGAGCAGCAGCAUGGAUUACUUUUUAUUUCGACUCUUCUGUUCUUUGGCUUUGGCGUCGCUUUUAGUUCAAAGGGCAGAUUCAAAUGAAAUCCUGGGACUAAAGAUCCCCUUUGACCCCAUUCUCAAUGCCAACACGGUCUGUUUGACCCUGCCCGGCCUGACAAAGAAACAGCUGGACGUGUGUAUGAGACAUCCAGAUGUGACGGCCUCUGCCAUACAGGGCAUUCAGAUCGCCAUCCAUGAGUGCCAGCAUCAGUUCAGAGGACAUCGCUGGAACUGCUCGAGUCUGGAGACCAGGAACAAGAUCCCCUAUGAGAGUGUUGUCUUCAGCAGGGGUUUCAGAGAAAGCGCAUUUGCAUAUGCUAUUGCGGCGGCCGGCGUGGUGCACGCCGUGUCCAACGCCUGCGCAAUGGGCAAACUGAAGGCCUGCGGCUGUGAUGAGAAACGCAGAGGGGACGAGGAAGCGUUCAGGAUCAAACUCAACCGUCUGCAGCUGGAGGCCAUCAACAGGGGUAAAGGAAUGGUGCACGGCGUGAUGGAACACUUUCCCGCCGACGCUCUCGGCCCCCAGGACUCCUGGGAGUGGGGCGGCUGCAGCCCCAAUGUGGAGUUCGGGGAACGCUUCUCCAAGGAGUUCCUGGACUCCCGUGAGACGUACAGAGACAUUCACUCCCGGAUGAGACUUCAUAACAACAGAGUUGGCAGGCAGGUUGUGGUGGACCACAUGAGGAGGAAAUGCAAAUGCCACGGUACAUCAGGAAGCUGUCAGCUCAAGACCUGCUGGCAGGUGACUCCAGAGUUCAGAACGGUGGGCUCGCUGCUGAAAGAACGCUUCAACAUCGCCACGCUAAUCAAAGCCCACAACAGAAACACUGGUCAGGUGGAGCACGCCCACCCAACGCACCGACGAAGAGCCAACGUGAACGAUCUGGUCUACUUUGAGAAGUCUCCGGAUUUCUGCGAGAGGGACCCCGGCUCGGACUCUGCUGGGACGCAGGGCCGGAUCUGUAACAAGACCAGCCAGGGCAUGGACAACUGUGAGAGCCUGUGCUGUGGACGGGGGCACAACAUCUUACAGCAGACUCGCAGCGAACGCUGCAAUUGCAAGUUCCACUGGUGCUGUUACGUGGUGUGCGAGGAGUGCAGGAUAACAGAGUGGGUCAGUGUCUGCAAAUGAAAUGAGCAAUCAUCUACUAAAUGUACAAAAACAGACAUUAAACAUAGGGAAAGACUAAGAAAUCUCUCCCUUUUGCAAUGGACUGCCAUUUCCAUGAUUCGAAUGGAAAGCACAAAAGCAGACUGAGAUGAAUUGAGUGCUAGAGAAGUGUGCACAUGUUUGCACACUGCAUGGGUCCAAGCACAAGAUUUCAGACUGAUUUUGGACUUGCACUGCAUUAAUUUCAGAAAGUAUUUUUAAUUUAAAUAAAUUAAGAAUAUGAAUAUAUUGUGGAGUAUAUUGCCAACAGAGCACUCAUCGACACGGCGUUGUGUUCGUUUUAUUCGGUUUUUAAAGAAAUCAAUGGCUCGUAGUCCUGUAAUAUAGCACCAAGCAGCCACAUGGGAUUCCGGUACUUAAAGAAGAGAAACAUAUAAUAUAUAUAUACUCCUGAGGAAAAAAACAAGCCAAGCCAAAAAAGGUGAAGUAUUUAGUGGUCUUUUAAUGGUCUUAACCAUUUUAUUCACAAGUCACUGGUAACUUAUCACAGAAUAGCCUUCCCCAACCUUUUUAGAGGAAGAAGAGCCAGUGUUGUUCCACUCAAUGUUAAUGGCUUCAAACAGUUCAUGAGUAGUUGAAAAAAUGUCUCCCAGUUCAUUUGAGUUUAAUGUGAGAAAAAAUAUUCGCUAUAGGGUUCAAAUCGGGACUUGACGGACUUUUUCUCAAACCACUUCUUGGUUAUCUUUGCUAUUUGGGCAGGACCAUUGUCUUGUUGAGAAAUAACAUCUGAUUGUCGAAGAUACCACUCUGGAGCAUCACCAUGCAACUUGUGUUUCAUUGUGAUUCUUCACUCCACACACAACUUCCCAUAUUCUGUCAAACACUUGAUUCUGUCUUUGAUGUUUUUCUGAGACAGCAAUGGCCUUUUACAUAGCGCAUUUGCUUAAAUUUUGCUAAUUUCCUGACCAAUAAUUUGUGGUUAAGACAAUUAUAAGCUUAGUGUUUAGCCAUUUUGGGCUUGGCCCAUUUUUUGCCUAGGACUGUGUGUGUAUAGUUAGUACAUCCAUGAUGUUUAAUAUACCUUUGCACAGAGCCAUUUGUCAGAAGAGUUUAACAAAUAAACUCUGAGUAUAAAAACGGUAUCAUAUACCAGUUAAUAUCAAUUCAAAAAGGCCAGCAUGUCUCCAGUAAAUUUCCAGUGAUUGUACAUAUAACCACUUUGAUGCUGGUAAAAGUGUAAACUGGUCUUAAAAGGCUUGUUUGCCUUGUCAAGUGACACUUUUUAAGCACAGUCAGAUGAAUAGAUUGCACUCAUGUGCAAGCUUUGGAUCAGUCCUGGAGACCAGUAGAAAGGACAACACUGUUACAUGGAUAUGGACAUUUGUUAUGGACAAAGGCACGAAAAAUACAUCAUAAAAAGGAUCUGAGGAGUCUAAAUGUAUGGAAGAAGCUGGACCUCUACAGAUGCUUGUGUGUAUGACGUUUCCCUGCAAACUGUUGGCUGUGCCUCUGUUCACUGUAACAGGAACAUGUUCACCAGAGCUUUUAAUGUCAGUCAGUAGAUAUUUAGACAAAUGUAUAAUCACAUCCUGAUCACCACACCCAUAAUGUGGUAGCUAUAGGCCCCCUGAACUCACCAAACUUAAUAUAAAUAAUUAUAUAUUAAUUUCUGCCAGCUCAUUCUUUGGUAACACAACUGUUCAGACAUGAUAUUCAACAUUCAGAGUCUCUUUUCAGAAUGCUCAUUGUCUAAUAAUGUCUUAUAUAAAGUAGUAAAAUAUCACUGGAUAUUUUAUGAAAAUAACUGUUCAUGGCCAGUGUGAGCAACUUGUAAGUUUUUGUCAUUGAAUCAUGACGUUUCUGCAAAAAUCAUCACUUUGAUCAAUAAUAACUAUACAUAGAAUAAGCUUUUGAACACUUUUGCCCAUCUAAACCAUCUAUCUGAUGAAAAAAAAAAAAAAAAAACAUAACUACUCAUAAUUACACAAUACUUUUCAAAGCGAACUCCAACCAACCUUUUCAUUUAGUAAUUUUAAAAUUUGUCCCAAAGUGAAAGAAGAAUCAUUCCUUUUUGGUUUAUUUUAGUCUUCUAAUUUUGUUCUGUUCUUCUGUUUUGCUUUGUUGUUGUAUUUAUUUAUUUGUGUGAUUUUUUCAUGUUAAAAUAUAUGCCAAAACAUCAAAAAUGCAUUUGUAAAAAAAAAAAUAUUGAGUCAGUUGAAUUUUGAGUUGUCAGUUAACUGAGUUCUGGUUAACAUUUAAUUCAAUUUGAUUGUUUGCACAUUUAGAACAAUUAUCCUGGAGAAAUGACUGACAUGAAAUACUGUGCGGGGUGAACGCGAUGAUAUGCAUUUUUAUUUUAAAUGGUAUAAUUUUAAAUGGUAUAAUUUUUUAAGUUUGAAUAUAUAAGUUAUUUUAUUUUGUGGAUAACUUAAUAUUUGUAAAACAAUAAAGAACUUAAUUAUAGAAGA